GAGGCUCGUGCUGCAGACUUUAAAUGCUGGCUCUGUGGUUCAGCGCACAUUUUUGGCUGUAAAAAUGCUGAGCGGUGUCCUCUUGCUGAGCGUCCUCACGGUCACCAGCCUGUCGCCGUCCGAAACUGAGAGCCGCAAAACUUCAGCUUCCAAAGACAUCUGCAGGACUCGCUGCGCGUGCGAGGAGCGGGAGAACGUCCUCAACAUCAACUGUGAGAGUAAAGGAUUCACCACCGUCAGCAUCUUCGUCGCGCCCCCAAAUAAAAUUUCGCAGCUUUUCCUCAACGGAAACUUCUUGUCGCGGCUCGGCGCCAACGAGUUCCUUCAUUAUGGAAACGUCACCUCGCUGCAUCUGGGGAAUAACGGGCUGCAGGAGAUCCGAACAGGCGCCUUUAAUGGGCUGCGCUCCCUGAAAAGGCUGCACUUGAACAACAACAAUCUGGAGGCUAUUAAAGAGGACACGUUUGAUGGCCUGGAGAGUUUGGAGUAUUUGCAGGCUGACUAUAAUUACAUCAGCGCCAUCGAGCCCGGAGCCUUCAGUAAGCUCAAUAAGCUCAAAGUGUUGAUCCUCAAUGACAACCUGCUGCUGUCUUUGCCCCCCAACAUCUUUCGCUUUGUGCUUCUCACCCACUUGGAUUUACGUGGGAACCGGCUGAAGAUUCUGCCGUUUGCAGGCGUGUUGGAGCACAUCGGCGGCAUCAUGGAAAUCCAGCUGGAGGAGAACCCGUGGAAUUGUACCUGUGAUCUGAUUCCCCUCAAAUCCUGGCUGGACACCAUCUCUGUGUUUGUCGGGGACAUCGUGUGUGAGACGCCAUUCAGGCUGCACGGUAAAGAUAUAACCCAGCUCAUUAAACAGGACCUGUGUCCGCGCAGGAACGCCGGUGAGCGAGUCCUUCACACCCCCUCUGACUCCCACUUCCCAGGCUCCUUGCCUUCCACCUACCACCCUGGCAUGCUCACCCCCACCCGCGCCCCAAAGGCGUCCCGCCCACCCAAAACACGCCAUAGGCCGACACCGCGCAUCACCUCAAAGGAUAAGCAUGUGUUUGGGCCCAUUAUGGUUUACCAAACGCGCUCCCCUGUGCCCAUGCUGUGUCCCAAUGUGUGCAUGUGCACAUCACAGAACCCGGACAGUGGCUUGAACAUCAACUGCCAGGAGAGGAAGUUGCACAACAUCAGCGAGUUGAAUCCCAAACCCUCUUAUCCAAAGAAGCUCCAUCUGACUGGUAACUACUUACAGGUCAUUUACAGAAAUGAUAUGGCCGAGUACAGUUCCCUGGAGCUCCUCCAUUUAGGGAAUAACAGGAUAGCAGUUAUUCAGGAAGGGGCGUUUGAGAAUCUAACCAACCUCAGGCGCCUCUAUCUGAAUGGGAACUACAUUGAGUCGCUUUCACAGUCGCUUUUUGCUGGUCUGCAGUCACUCCAGUAUCUCUACUUGGAAUAUAACAUCAUCAAAGACAUUUUCCCACAGACCUUUAACUCUUUACACAAUCUCCAGCUGCUUUUUUUGAACAAUAACCUCCUGAGGUCACUCCCUGAUAAUGUUUUUGGGGGAACCAUGCUAACAAGGCUCAACUUGCGAAAUAAUCAUUUCUCUUAUCUUCCAGUUCGAGGAGUGCUGGACCAGCUAUCAGCAUUUAUCCAGAUAGACUUGCAGGAGAACCCCUGGGACUGCACCUGUGACAUUGUGGCUCUCAAAAACUGGAUGGAGCUGUCCAGUACCAGUGUGGUCGUUAACGAAAUCACUUGCGACUCCCCCUCCAAGCACGCAGGCCGGCUACUGAGAUCACUUCGCAACGAGGCGAUCUGUCCGGACCCAAGUGAGCCACCUCCUCCACAACAGCCCCCCUCCACAAAAGCCCCGACUUUAAUAAGCCUGAGCACUGAACCCACCACUCCAGCUUCCACUUCGUUUAGCUCUGCUAUCCCCACAAAAUUGGAAAUUCAUACACCAGAGUUGCAUCCAGAAGUCCCACUUUCAGUCUUAAUCCUUGGGCUUCUUGUUGUUUUCAUCCUUUCUGUCUGCUUUGGUGCCGGCCUCUUUGUUUUUGUUCUAAAGCGACGUAAAGGGGUGGAGCAUGUCCUGACCAGCGCCAACAACUUGGAUCUCAACUCGUUCCAAAUGCAGUAUGGGUCCUACACGGCUGAACCAAGCCAAGACAAAACCUCCGAAAGCCACGUGUAUAACUACAUCCCCCCACCUGUCGGCUCCAUGUGCCAAAACCCCAUUUAUAUGCAGAAGGAAGGGGAGCAGGUGGCGUAUUACCGCAACCUGAAGGAGCUCAGCUUUGGGCCCGUGGAUACCAAGAAGGAUGACGUCCUCAGCCGCAGCCCAGGGACCUACACCAUUACCACAGUGGACUUUAUCGAUAAAUCGCCCACAUCCUGCGGUAUCAACACCCCGGAGCCCCCUGAGAUGUUGUAUCAAAACUUAGGGGAGAGGGCCCACAAAGAGCUUCCCUCUGCUGCAGCAGUUCCUCCUUUCACUUACAACUUUUGCACUUUACCUAAGAGACCUUGCAUUGUGCCCCCGUACGAGGCUGCAACAGCCCGACGACAUGUCACCAACCAGGACAGGCUGAAUAAAACCGUGCUGUAUGGGACCCCAAAGAAAUACUACGGUACUGAACACCCAUCAAAAAACAAUGAACACCCCCUUCUCCUCCCCGGGAAGCUAAAAACGGAACCAGACUACCUGGAGGUUUUGGAGAAACAGACUGCAAUGAGCCAGCUGUAAGAGAAAGCUGACAGCUGUGGAUCGUACUGUCCACACACUUACUGUAAGAAUAGACAGCUCUAUAUAUCUAAUCUUAUCUGUGUUCAGUCCCAAAUAUUGACUGGAAGUGAACCCAAGCCUUUGCUCAUCUUUUUCUCUCUUCUUUUUCUUCUUUUUUUUUCUGUUGAUGAUGUAUAAAACAAGUAUAAGAAGUAUAUUAUUACGCAGUUCUAUUUUUUGCUCCUUGAAGGUAUAAAUUAUUUCUUUUGG